AUCGACUCCUGCUCUUUUCAUUAUGUGGGAGCCGGUAGCUCUCCCCUUCCAGAGCUCCCACCAUUUGCCUACUCCGCUACCUACAAUAAACGAAAUUCGCGCAUGCACCAAUGUUCUGUGGGAGGCCAGGGGCUCUAAGGUUGUGGCAGUGAACAACAAUAUCGUGGUGAAAUAUGGAGUUCGUGUGGAAACCUGGGAAGGCCAGGCUUUAAUCUAUCUUGAACAAUGUGUUCCAGAAGUUCUGGCGCCUCGCUUAUAUGCGAUGCACUGCGAGUCUGAUGAGCGUUUUCUAGUCAUGCAACGCAUUCAUGGAGUACCGCUGAAUUCCCUUUGGUCAUCAUUGGCGCCUUCUGAGAAGGACGAUAUUAUCACUAAACUCCAGCAAGUAUUCGAUGCCAUGAGAAAAGCUGAAUGUCCAUGGCCUGACUUCUUUGGAGGCUUGGAUGGGGGUCCUCUACCUCACUACCUAUUCUAUAGCCAACGUGGCGAUGAUCAUGAGGGAUUUCUCGGGCCCUUUUCCAAUGAAUCUGCCUUCGUUACGGGCCUUGUCGAGAACUAUAGAGCCCUAAUUGAAAAAAAACAAACAUCCAGACUAUAAAGCUCGCUUUUAUGAGAAAUAUCUCCCUCGUGUUCUUCAAGGACACCGGCCCACACUGACGCAUGGGGACAUCCAGCAGAAAAACAUCCUGGUUGUGGAAAACUGCCAAAAUAAUCAAGAUAGACGAUCAUUCGACAUUGUACUUGUUGACUGGGAGAAUGCUGGAUGGUUUCCUGACUUCUGGGA